GGAAGAAGGAAGCAAUGGAGAGAAGAGGAAAGAACAAAUAGAAUAGAAAAAUUUCACUGUGCUAUCUACAAUAGUUAUACAUAUUGUUAUAUAAAACAUGUUUCAUUUGUAUACGCGUGGUAUGUUAAAAAGUACAAAACAUCUCAGAAUUUAGCAUAUAUUUGCUCAGUGCCUGAAACAGCAAUUUUCACUUUAAAAAUUAUCAUUAAGAUUAUGUUACAAUAUAAAAUAUAUUUGAGGAGGAGAGCAUUUCUAUUUAGCUUUAAUGUUUUAAAUAAAAAUUUUCUUUGUUACUACAUGGCAAACUUUAGUAAAAUAAAUAAGAAUGUGGCUAGUUUUGAAUUACAAGAGUAAGAAAUAUUCUGAAGCUGCUUGUUUAAAGCCCCUGUUUGUUAUUAGAUGGAAUGCUGGGUGUAGGCUGGUGUGGUUCAUACUUGGGAUCUAGCCUGAAAGACAUGUUUUACCCUCAACAAAUAUCAUCUUUGUUUGAAUAUCUAUGGUUUGUGUAACCACAGUAAGGUCUUUUUUCUCUUUUAGAAUGUAUCUGAAAUGUCUUCUUUCUUGUGCUUGUUUCACCAGUAAAGCAGAGCUGCCUUCCAUUUUUCUGUUUCAGUUUGUUGCAGAAUGUGUGGGGUACCACCUAACACUCUUGGUGUGCUUUAGAAUUAUAAACUAAUAAUGAAAGCUUGGAAUAGAUAACUUUACUCUAUGAGGACUGAAGCUGUUGUUAAUUCCCAAGGCGAGAAUGGGUAUCUAACAAACAAUUCUGACCAGGAUGUAGCACUCAAACUUGCCCAGGAGCGAGCUGAAAUAGUUGCUAAAUAUGACAGAGGACGAGAAGGUGCAGAGAUUGAACCUUGGGAAGAUGCUGAUUACCUUGUUUACAAAGUCACGGAUAGAUUUGGCUUUUUACAUGAAGAGGAGCUCCCAUAUCAUAAUGCAGCAGUGGACCGGCAAAAGCACCUGGAAAUUGAAAGAACUGCUAAGUGGUUGAAAAUGCUAAAAGGAUGGGAAAAAUACAAGAACACUGAAAAGUUUCAUAGGAGGAUUUACAAAGGGAUCCCACUCCAGCUCCGAGGUGAAGUCUGGGCUCUACUUCUUGAGAUCCCGAAAAUGAAAGAAGAAACAAGGGACCUUUAUAAUAAAUUAAAACUCAGAGCACGUGGUUGUUCACCUGAUAUCAGACAAAUAGACCUUGAUGUCAACCGCACAUUUAGGGACCAUAUUAUGUUUAGAGACAGAUACGGUGUUAAGCAACAGUCCCUGUUCCAUGUUCUUGCUGCAUAUUCUAUUUAUAAUACGGAAGUUGGAUACUGUCAGGGGAUGAGCCAGAUCACAGCUUUACUCCUUAUGUAUAUGAAUGAAGAAGAUGCCUUCUGGGCCCUGGUCAAACUCUUCUCAGGCCCCAAACAUGCCAUGCAUGGCUUUUUUGUCCAUGGUUUUCCUAAACUCUUGAGGUUUCAAGAACAUCAUGAAAAAAUACUGAAUAAAUUUCUGUCCAAGCUUAAGCAACACUUGGAUUCUCAAGAAAUCUACACAAGUUUUUACACAAUGAAAUGGUUUUUUCAAUGUUUCCUUGAUCGUACUCCCUUUACGCUAAACCUCAGAAUAUGGGAUAUCUACAUCUUUGAAGGAGAACGAGUUCUUACUGCUAUGUCUUAUACAAUCUUAAAAUUACACAAAAAACAUUUAAUGAAAUUGUCUAUGGAAGAACUUGUAGAAUUUCUUCAGGAGACCUUGGCAAAAGACUUUUUCUUUGAAGAUGACUUUGUAAUAGAUCAACUUCAGAUUUCUAUGGCAGAACUAAAGCGGGCAAAAUUAGACCUUCCAGAACCUGGUAAAGAGGAUGAAUUUCCAAAGAAACCUUUGGGACAGCUUCCACCUGAACCUCAGUCUGCUGGCAUUAGUCACCUGAGCAAUGGACAAAGUGUUGGCAGAUCAAGUCCCCAUAAGAUCAGAAGAGAGAGUGGCUCAUCGCCUCACAGAAAGCCCGAGCAUUCCCCUCACCAUCAAGGCAGAAUUGGUACACCAGAAAGAGCGAGGCAGCCAGGACGGGCAUCAGUGGAGGAGGACAGUAAAAAGCUUAAAGAUGAGGCAGACUUUCAAAGAAAACCUUCAUCAGGUCCACAAGACAAUGCUAGGCAAUAUGACCAUGCAUCUGCUAACCAAAAUAGCAAUGCUCUUCCAAAUAUCAGGAAGGAAUUUGUGCCCAAAUGGAAUAAACCAUCAGAUGUUUCAGCUAUUGAAAGAACUGCCAGAUACGCCACUGAAGGCAAGAGUCGAUUUGCACACCCCACGCUUACAGUCACCAUCCCGAAUUCUGCAGAUCCUCGGGUGUCAAAUGCAAGGCAGAAGAUGAAGGUCUGGGAUGCCGAUGAAGGGAAACGGGGCUCGAAUGCAUCACAGUAUGAUAAUGUACCUGAAAAUGAAAACGGCCCAUCUGUUGAAGAGGCACUGGAAAGGGCUUACUCUCAGAGUCCGAGGAAUAUUGUUUACACACACAGUCCAAGGAAGCAUCCUGAGCCAAGUUCUAGUCCAUCAAAAGUAUCAAACAAGUUUACUUUUAAAAUGCAGCCUCCAAGUUAUGCAAAAUAUCCAGCUCACCUAGAUGGGGAAGAUCGAGGGCCCGUGCACCCCCCAUCUUACAGCAAUCCCCCUAUUUACCAUGGAAAUUCUCCAAAGCACAUCCCCACCAAUAACAGCAGCUUUGUGUCACCACAGUUUAGCCAUGGGGCUCAAAUGAAUCCUCCCAGGAGACCUCAUGGUUCCACUCUUUCCAUCAAUGUUUCUCCAGAGAAAUCUCACAGCCGUCCAGCUCCUGUUGUCCUACCAUCUAGUCGCAUAGAAGUUCUCCCCAUUGAUAUUGGUGCUGGGGGAUAUUCGGGCAAUUCAGGGUCACCAAAGAAUGGAAAAUUCCUCAUUCCUCCAGUGGAUUAUUUGCCAGAUAACAGAAAAUGGUCAGAAGGCAGUUACACAUUCAGACCUGAGAUGCCUGAACAGUUAUGGACUCGGGAUGCUAACCGUAGCCACUUAAGCAAUUUAACAAAAUAUUCUGCCUUUCAACAUGUACACUUUCAGGACCAUGGCCUCCCCCCAGUUUCCGUGGAUGGUCCAGUGCGGUAUAGAACUUCCCCGGCUUUAGAAGAUGCCAGCUCCUCUGGGUAUCAGUAUUCAGGGCCCUCGACUCCAGUGUAUCACUACAGAAAGCGGGAUGGACUUUCUAUUCAAGAAUCGGUAUUGCUGUGAGAAUUCAUCUAUACUUGCUGGAGACGAGAGUGGAAAUCUCCCAGAAUCAACAUUGCUAUGUUUGUAAUUGCCAAAGCAGUAUUUUGUACCAUUGUAAACAACUCGCACAAUUCUCAUGUUAGUAAUAAGAAUAGAUGGGAGUGUUUUCAUCCCCACGUAGAUGCUGCUGAAGAUGAGCAUUGUAAUUGCAUCAUCACUGAAUCUAUUAAUUUACCGUGGAAACAUAGCAAUAGCAUUUAGGGAUGCACACAAAAUAAAUUAACUACUUAGUUCCAUUUAUAACUUCUCAACACCUAACACUUUUACUCUAUUAGCCCAUUUUACUUUGAGUAAUGUUACAAAGCACUGAAAAACUGUCUAUGAAUAGUAGACAUUUUUAAGGCUCUAUGUAGAGUAUGUGUCUUUAAAUAGAUAUAGACAUCUACACAUACACACUUCAACACAGAACUAAUGAAACAUUAAAAACCCUGCUUUAAUCUAGAUCCAUGAAAUAAUUUAUCCUCCUUUUUUUCUUUAACUGGUCUUUUAGUCAAGUCCCCACACCCCCUCAUAUUUUUUAACCCAGAUCCUAAAUUGACGUAAGGGUUUGCCUUGAGGUGAUUAAUUCAGAUCUCACAGAAUACUCAUUUUCUGCUGCCAUUUUCUUUCAAUCUGAAAAUUAAAGACAUUGGAGGGAAAGUCUAACCACUUAAUGGUGCUUAAAAAUUGUGGUAGUGAAAGUAAGUUGAAGGCCACAGGUGUAAGUAUCCAUGUGCCUCUGCGCCCUUGCUCUGGCCUGCUCACAAAGCUCAGAGCAGAAUGUUCCUGCCAGAUGUGAAGGGAAUGCGGUGGCCCAGGCUGCAGCUCUCCUGUGGGUGUCAGUGGGAGAGGCAGCAAGUUCCCAUGGGGCAGCAGAACGCACUCCCGGAAAUUCCUUUGAAAGCAGGAUUAGCAAUAUGGUUGCUUCUUCUGCCCCUCACUACAAAGGGCUGGGUGGUCCUUUACAUGAUCUUUUUCCUGGCACUCUCUUCUUUCAAGAAUAUAGUCAAUGGAUAUUGCCGCCGCUUAGGCCAUUAAAUUAUCAGCAUGUAAAAUUGUAAAAAUGAUCUGAAUUAUGGCCCUUUCUUUUUUAAUAGUGUGACUUUCAUAAUUUCAAAAAUAUUUUUCUUUUUCAGAGACAAAAAUUCAGGUCCAUGUUAAAAAAAUUAGCAAUGUCUUUUACAAUAUUCUAUUUACACUACAGUUACCAAAACACUGACAAAGUUUGGAGCAUGCCAAGAAAAUAUGACUUUGUGUUUAAUUGGAGAGCUUGUUUUCAACAUUAUUUGUUCACAUUUGAACAAUAGAGUGGAAAACCUAACGUUGAGGGUUCUUCUCGUUACAAGUUGUGGCUUUAAGCUUUCAAGGUACAGAAGUAUGUCUUUUAAAAUGAAAGUAACAUUUGUUUAGCUAGUGAAUGUGACAAUAAUUUUUAUGUAUAUAAUGAGUCUAAUGUAAUCUUAAUCACCUUGGUAAUGAUGUUAUUAAAUGACAAAACAAACGCAGUGUAUUAGCAGGUGAGCACUACACGGAAGCUCAGACAAAAUCCUGACGUCACUGGGCUCUUGAUUCAGAUCAUGUGAAGCUUGGACAUAAAUGUAUGUAAAAAUGUAGCUGAGGACAUUAAUUCUAAUUUUUAAAUCAUGAUUCUGUGACUUGUAAUAAAUCAAGCUGUACAAUUUAGUUCAUGAUAGCAGCAUCUGAGCUGCUCCAAAAUCUAUAUAUCAACAGUGGUAAAUAACUGUAGAUUUAUAUAUAUAUGUAUGUAUGCAAAAUAUGUAUACACACACACUAUUUUCUUAUGUCAUCUAUGACAUUUUUUAUCUGUAUACUUUUUUUGAUGUGAUUGUUUUUAACAUGCUAAAAGUAAUACAUAUAUUUUGUUUUGUGUCUUUUA